GAAGUGGAUUCACUUUGAAGAUGUACGUUCUGACCCCGUUCCUUCUUUUUCUUUCCCGGUCUGUCCCUCGGAAUAGCUUCGUCGGGCGCAGUACCCGCAUGUCGAUUCUAGUAUCACUAUACCUCCAUUACGGAACCCAGACUGACCCUCACUUCUCCGGAGCAAACAGGACGACUCUGCGGCCACCAACAUCCUCAAGUGGCGCUUCGGCCUCAUGGUCAUCAACCCCGACAGCGCCUUUAACGGGGGCUACUUCCGGGCCGAGAUGGUGUUUUCGGACGAAUACCCGUACCAGCCGCCCAAGUUCCGCUUCUUGAUCCCCAUCACCCACCCCAACGUGUACCCGGACGGCCAGCUCUGCAUUUCGAUCCUGCACACACCCGGCGAGGAUCUCAUGUCUGGCGAGCAGGCGAGCGAGCGCUGGUCGCCGCUCCAGGGCGCCGAGAGCGUGCUGAGGUCGGUUCUGCUGCUGCUCGACGACCCGGAGAUCAACAGCCCCGCCAACGUGGACGCGGGCGUCCUGUACCGCGACCGCAGAGAGGAUUACAACAAGAAGGCUCGGGAAACGGUGGAGAAGUCAAAGAAGGAUAUCCCUCCAGGAUUCGAGAUGCCGGUCAGCUUCGAGGAAAAGCCACCCCCGAAGGCGGAGAACGACGACGACUUUUGGGCCGAGUCGGAUGAGGAGUUUGACUUUGGUGGUAGUGACACCGGGGAUGACGAUCAGAUGGAGGACUUUGAGGAUGGGGAAGAAGGGAGCGAGGACGACGACGACGAUUCCAACUCCAAGCAAUAGAUGGGGCUCGGUUGGUGGCUACGGUUUUUAACAGCAGCAGCCGCAACAGCAGCAGUUGUCAAGCCAAACUGGGUCGGUCUGGGUCAGGAUGAUGAUGAUAUACCUCUUUUUCUUUCUCUUUUUACUCUUUUCUGUCCGUAAUAUUUGCAUAGCGUCGGGGACACUCCAGGUGUGUUUGGGCGUUUUCAUGGUCUCCCAAACAGAUACACGGCAUCUGGCGGGAAUUUCAUUGGUCGCUUUUUACAUACACACACCGUCACCUAGGUACUUGCCUAUCCUUAGCCAUAGUCUUCCAUGAACAGCGGAAGACAUUGGUAAAGAAGGGAAGCGGUCUGGCUUCAUAGUUACAUAGAUUACCUUUAGCGGAAACGUCUAGACUAGAGCUAUAGACUUUCAACUUUCG